AUGAUGAUAAGCUUACCAGCAAGGUUUGAGUCCAAGAUUUCAGCAAUAGAAGAAUCUUGUGAUUUGAAGACUUUAUCUGUGGCAGAACUGAUCAGCAAGUUGCAAGCCCAAGAACAAAGAUCAAGUAUAAGAGAUGAAGAAGUAGCAGAAACGGCAUUUCAAGCACAACAUAAAGGCAAACAGCCUAUGAAGGACAAUAGAAGGAUGGAAGGAGAUAAAUUAGAAAAGGGAAAACCAAGGAAGGAAUCUUCAAAGAGAGGGAAGUUUCCACCUUGCAGCCACUGUAAAAGAACCAAUCAUCAAGAAAAAGAUUGUUGGUUCAAAGGAAAGCCACCGAUUCAGUGUAGAUUCUGUAGAAAGAUGGGUCAUAUUGAGAAAAAUUGCAGGGCCAGGCAGAAUCAACCAUAA